GACGUGAACUUCCUGGAACAGUUGUUUGGAUAAUGGCGGACCGUCAAAUCUAGCCAACGGCCGUCCUAACUUAUCAUUAAAGCCGGGAAAUACACACCAAAAGGCGGGUAGCGGGUACAACAAACUUUUAGGUAGAGGUGACAGAAUCACCAGCUGUCCGAUGUGUCCCGCAGUCCGGAAGACAAGGUGGACCCAUGUCUCUCUGAAUAAAGCUGCUGGAAAGUUGGCAUAGCGAUGUGGAGUCGCUUGCAAAGUGAGGCGGGGCCCCCAGCCUCUGUCUCUUCCCAGGCUGCCCUUGCUGGGCAAGACAACAGGAGAGCAGAGAUAUCUCAUGCCUGGAAUAGUCUAAAUCAAACCAAAGCUGCCUUGCGACACAUUGAGAAUCGUCUGGAGGCAGCGCCAGGCACUGGAGUGCUUCUGGACUCAGUGCUUGACACAAAGAAAGCAUCUGUGAGUGGCAGUCGGAAAAUAAGCCGCAGAGAUGGGCGUCAUGCGGAGGAAAGUGGAUCUAAGUCGAGAACACGGAGUCGACGUAGUCCAGACAAAAGUUCCCGUAGUCCCUUGAGGAAUAGCACUCUGGACAGUAACGCCAGGAAACCCAGUGCAGUGGAAUUCAGAGAACCACUCGUUUCAUACAGGGAAGCAUCUCCGCUACCAGUGUCCCACACUCACUUUGAACCAGAAGUCCAUUCGUUACCGACAGAGGUGGGCAUCCCGCAGGCUGACUUUGCUCUAAGCCAGCUGGUCUAUCAGCGUGACACCCGAGACAUGCAGACUGCAGACCUGGACAGCCCACGCUCCUCAGCUGUAGACAGCACAUCUGUACGCUACCUCAAUGACCUGUCUGCUCUCAACGCCAUUCACCAACCUGACCAAGCCCUGCUAGGGUCAGAGGUCAACCCCAGAACACAUUUACAGGCCGAGACAUCCCAGACUUCCCUGACAUCCAUCACUGGUUCAGUCACAGCUUCCCUACGGCUGGAGAACCUGCGACGUCGGCAACCGGAUGAAAAGCUGGAAAAGCUGAAAGAGAGAAUCCGGAGACAGAGGGAACAUUUGGAGGAGACAGAAGAAAGAAACAAGCUGCUGGGAUACUUGGAGCAACCUGUGGGUAUUGGAGCGACAGCACAUAGUACCACAGUACCUACUGCUAAAGUUCGGAAAGUGGCCCCAGCCCCUCCAGCGCCCAUUUACAAAGGCUUCAACACCAGUGAGACUAAGAUUCGCACACCUGAUGGGAAAGUGUGGGCAGAGGAGGACUUCCAGAACUUAAGCAGGGAAAUAUACAAAGACCUGACAAAACAGCUUACAGCAGAGAGCACAAAACCAAAGCAGAGGCCUGCAGAACGAGAAAAGGUGAAAGAGAAGAAACCAUCCAAACCUGUUAGGAAAGUACACAGAUCUUCCUCUGCACCGGACUCAAAUACUAAACCAGCAAUCAGCACGUCAUCGUGGCGAGAUGGGCAGAAGCUGGUGAAGAUGAUGCUGGGGCCGCCGCCACGGUUACACAGAGAGCCUCAGGCGAAGUCCUCAGAGACACAGAUGAGAACAGCCCCCGGUCCCCGUUCCAGCUCUGAUCCUCGUCUUGAGCGUAGCCGGCGUUCAAGGCCCCCCAGUGCAGAAAGACCUCGCAAUCACAUUCUUCCAGAAGAGCCAGCUGGACCCUCCAGAUCAACAGUGGGUGAUAGAAGAAAAUCUCCCAGCACAGACCUUCUCUCAGCAGACAUCCGUGGCAUCCUAGAUGACCUGCAGUUGGAGGAGGACAGCAGCAGGAGGGCAGAAGCGCCCCACUCGAAAGUCCGUGCCUCGACCAGAGUUUCUCGUAGUGCCAGCCCUGCCAAGACUACCAAGAGAGCAGAUCCUCCUGAGCAUCCCAUGGCAAAGAAACGGCACUAUGACGCAGAAGCGGUGCGACUGUAUAUUGUUCAAAAACAAGAAGAAAGGAAAAAACGGCAAGCAGAGGAGAGGAGGGCUCAGCGGGAGGAAGAAGAGAACAAGAAUAAACGCCUACAGGAGCUUUACAGGAGACAACGAGCAGGGGCCACCAAGGGCCCAGUCUCAUCUGAAGGUCCGAUAAAGAAGCGGCUCCAGGAAACAUACACCAAACUUCUGCUGGAACAGACUCAGCUCAGAGAAGAUAUCAAUGGUGGUGCCAUAACAAACAUGGUCCAGCAGCCGAGACCAGUAUACCAGCCAUCUGGAGAAUCUGAUAAAGAAAACAAAAGACAUGAUCGACCUCAAAGUGCCACCUCCAGCAGUGAUCUGUCCCUUACGGAGCAAUGCCAGCCUCCUUUCUCCAGGAAUGGUUUGGGUUUUGCAGGGUCACCCUGGCUUCAAUCUGACCAGCGUAGUCCUGCUCUGAGGGUCAGCAGCUCCCUAGUGCCUCCUUCUGGCCAUAUCUUCUCUCAGCUGUUAGAACUUGAUCCAGAACCUUCACUACCUAACAGAGAGUCCCUAACUGCACAUGCAGCGUUUCCCUCAACCACAGGCCGCAAAAUGAGCCGUAUUGAGGCUCUUAAAGCCACAGCUGCCUCUCUCUCCAGCCGUAUUGAGAGCGAGGCACGUAAGCUAGCCGGUGCCGGAAUAAACUAUGGUUGUGCCAGGGAUACAGGCACGGGUCUUUUAAUCCCUAACGAUGACCGCUGGGCUAAACCUGUCAGUCCGCCAGUCAGAGAAAAUCCGACAGAUUCGGAUGACCUGGUUGAGAGGAUUGAAAAACUGCUUGCUGCGGGUCAGAGCACCUAUGAUCAGGCCCUUCCAGGUGUGGGCAACUUGCACAGCUUUAGGGAGAGGAUGGAGACUGGGAACAAAGAAACGCUUGCGCCCUCUGGCCUCACUUCUAGAAACACACGCAAGACCCCUUCUCCUCCAAAGGCCAUUGUUCAGGAAGUUGAGCUGGACUCCAGCGGAGGUUCUAUCAGUGAGGGUCCUCUGCUGAGUGAGGGCAGUAUAUCUGACGAAGACCUGCAAGAGCUGCCCAAAUCAAGACUGGGAACCACAGGAUACAGUGCACAUCUGAAUGGAGGCAGUUUGAACCCUAUUUCACGCUUUCAGAAAGCGGCAGAGAAGCACCUGCCCUUUAAUGUGUCAAGUAUGGUACAAGGAGGAAGCAAUGGACCAUGGGAAGAACUGGCCAAGGGAAGCCCACACAGUGUUAUCAAUAUAUUUACAAAGAGCAUGAGUUACAGCAAAGCGUUUGAAGAGAGGGGCGGUAAGAGUUCUCCGGCUCUCCGCUCUGCUCUGUCUGGUGCCAGCUCAUUGGAUGGAAUGGUCUACGAGGAAGACUUUGUUUCCUCACACGCCAGUAGCCAGUCAGCGUCCAAGAGAAGUCCCAAUGGACUCAGUAAUGGCCACGGUCGGUUCAGUCCUUCAGACGAGGUGCUAAGUGGCAGAUCUGCAUACAGUAACAGAGCUGGGGAAAGAUCUCGGCAUUCACCAGCUCUCACACCUCUCUCUUCUCCACACUCAGCCAGCUCAAGCAGCAAGAGAGCUUCAGAAAGGAGCUUUCUGGAGGGACAAAGAAACACAUCCUCUGCAGUCUCUGAUCUCCCUGCUGAGGGUUUUAAGAGGAGCGGCUCAGAGAAAGCAUCUAGUCGCAGCUCUCACAGGAGCGUGGAGACAGACAGCACACUGGGGGGUGUCUCAGUCCACUCCAUCCAUAGUCAUUUUGACUCUGAGGGAAAGAAAUCUCCCCGAAGCACUCGUACAACUCCUGCCGCUGGUUCUCCAGCCAGCUCUGGUUCUUCCCGGUUGUCUCCAGGUGACAGUAUCUCAAUCAGAGGGUCUGCCCAGGGGUCGGGUUCCCCUCACGCAGCUCUGCCCAGUUCCUCCUCAUCCUCCUCCUCAGCUGCCAGGGCUAAAUCCAACCCCUCACCCCAUACUCAAAGCCCAGGAAGAACAGAGCACAGGACUGCAGGUUCAGCGGAGCUCCAGUUUGCUCCUGGGGCUCUCCAGCAGCGCCUGUCUGCUGAGCUCAGUUACCUGGAUGCAGUGGAGGAGUCAGUGCGACAGCUUGGUGAUGUGGAGCGAGUGAGAGGCGUGUCUCUCGCUCAGCAGGAAACUGUCUCGCUCGCUCAGAUUCUCAAGUCUCAGCAACAGAGGCAUGAGCGUGAACUGUACUUGCUAAGGAUGAAGGCAGAGCAAGAAGCUCUCGAAACACAACGGCAACUGGAAGAAAGCAGACAGAAAGCUGCACGGGCCCAUGCAGAGCUGCAAGAGAGUUUGGUCCAGUCUCAACAGCAGGCGUUAGGAGGUUUGCAUGAGGCCACAAACAAAAUGAUAAACCAUCAGGCUGAGUCUGCACGCCAUACAGCAGAAACAGCACUACACAUUAAAGAGAUGACUGAGCUGGCUCGAUCACAGAUUGCAGGAGCGCUAAGUGUUCCUGGCCCCUCCAUUACGACCCUGUAUGAUCAACAGAAACAGCACAGCCGUGGUUUGAAACCACAGCAAACACACCCCCACACUGACAGUAGCUGGAAAAGUGAGCUGUCUCCUGAGAGACGUAAGAGUCCAUCAGAGGUUGAGACUCCACCAGAUAGCCUCUCAGAGUCCAUCCCUUCCAGGAGACCCACCAUCAGUGGUGGCGGCAGCAGUAGUACCCAGCUGAGUCCACCUCAUUCUGAUCAAAAGGAGAGGAAGACACCAGGAAAAGACAGGAGCAGUAGUUCAGUGGAGGACCAAGCUCACACCACUGCCGAUGACUCCCUUUGCUCGGACAAUGUGCGCAGCCCGCUUGAAGAGAAAGCAGACUGUGCCACAGAGUACUUUGUGAAGUUUGAUGAUUCGAUGACAGAGGAUGACAUUGAGGAAAGAUCGUUCCGCUCUCUUUUACCAUCCGAGGCCCACCGUCGUGAAUCGCUGGACAGGAAGCCCAGUCCUCGUCCCGAAUCUGACGAUGACCACAGCCAUGACAGAUCCAGCCCCAGAGCGAGCUCGAAGCAGGAUGGCAGCAUGCCCUUCUCAAGUGGCCAGGACAGCUUCUCGAAGUUCACCAUGGAUUUGGUGCGUCAGUACAUGAAGGAGGAGGAAGUUCGAGCUCAACAUCAGAGUUCUCUGCUGCGUCUGCGUCAGAAGGCCCUCCGAGAGAAGACCAAGGCUGAAUUGGCCUGGCUGGAACACCAGAAGAGGCAUCUCAGAGAUAAAGGAGAGGACGAUAAGAUGCCACCCCUUCGUAAGAAACAGAGAGGCCUGAUACUGAAGCUACAACAGGAACAGGCGGAGAUCAAACGACUGCAGGAGGCCAAUAAAGCAGCGAGGAGGGAGAGACAGCUGCUCCUCAAACAGCAGGAGGAGAUCGAAAGAAUGAGGCACACAACACUCAAACUCAAAGAGCGGCUCAAAAGCGCCGAUACAAAGCUGGAGCCACCCGUUUCAGGUGUGGCGGAGGAUUCGGCUCCGCUCAGCGUGAUUGUGACAGACGCAGAGACCCGUAGCCACUCCCCCAUGUCUGUGUCGGGCAGUGAAACCAGCAGCAUCAUGCAGAAACUGAAAAAGAUGCGCUCUCACAUGGACGAAAAACACUGUUCUCCUGUCCAUUAUUUCUUCUCUGUCUUUACGGCUCAUCACUGGGCCUCUCUGUCUGUCUGUCUUCCAAAACUUCACCCCAAAUUCCAGCUCUUUAUCUACAGCCAGUUGGUCAGGUUUCUUACUAAAAGGGAGCAGCAGUUGAUGCAGAGGCGCAGACAUGCGGAGGAGCUUCUUGAGUGGAGACAGAGGUUGGAUGCGGAGGAGGCAGAAGUGCGGCGCAUGGAGAAACAAGCUCUGGCGGCCUGGGAAAAGCAGCAGCAGCCACGCAACAGAACACCACUGCAGCAGCGCAGCCGGGAAAGUGAGCGCAGUAAAACCAGCAGUGGACAAGAGAGUUCCACAGGACAAGAAGCAGGCAGUGAAGAUGAUGACUCCCCAGCAUUGUCUGUGUCCAGCGUGCACACCGAUUUGUCAGUUCCAGAGCAGCUGCCCAGCCCUUCCUCAGACCAACCUGUCUCUGAACUCCACUCUCCUCAUACAGGCAACAGCCCUGCCCCUGAUACCCUCUACUCACCUGAGUUUAAUGCCACAGACAGCAAACAGUCUCCUCCAGAGAAAGCCAGCCUCAGCUCUCUUCGACAUUCAGACAGUAGCUGGCCUGGGACUGUCACUGGCACCAGCGGAAGCAGCAAGAUGCAGGUGCGCUCCAGCUCCAAGACCAGUGACCCUCAUUCAGCCACUCCAUCCGAGACCACAUCUGAUCAGAGUGAUAUAGAGAGCCGUAUUCGCGCCCUCAAGGAUGAGCUCCGUAAGCGCAAAUCUGUGGUGUACCAGCUAAAAAAAGAGCAAAAGAAGAGGCAAAAAGAGCGACUGAAAGCUCAGGAGGCGAGUCUGCUGAAACAGCUGGAGUCAUAUAAUGACUUUAUUCAGAAGACCCAGGCUGAGUUGAGUAAAGAGCCAGACAGCACUCCAGCUACUAAACCCCAGAUUAAAACUCCCACGUCAGCCACCGAAAAGCCUCGGAUAAAACCCCCUCCGCUUCAGAGGCCUGAGACUAGCAAAAACUGGAAGAUCGUCACAGAAUCUGAGAAAUCAGAGACUGUGCCCACGGAGACAUCAGCAGAUAAAGCAGAUGAUGUUGCACCAUCAAGACUUAAGUAUUCAUCAGAACAUGAUGACAUUUCCUCAGAUGAAGAUCCUCCUACAGUUACUCCAACUCCAAUUAUGGGAAGUCCAGAACAUAUGGACGUUUUGAGGAGCUUGCGUAGUCCAGAGUAUCCAAGCCACCAAUCAGAAGAUGCCCCCUCAUUCAAAGAACAUUCUGCUAGACCAGAGGCCAAUGACUUCCUUUCGGAAGAUGAGAGCGUGGUCUCUAGCCACAAGUCAGGUAUUAUGGAGGAACUGGAAUAUGCAAAGUCGGAGGGGUCUGAGAAUGACAAAUCUGACCAAUACUCGCACCCUCUGCUUAAACUGGAUCUUGGGCUUCAGAUUCCAUCACUGAAUGACAUGAAACCCAAAUUUGAAGAGGAAAGGUUUUCUGAGAAAGAUGCUGAUGACAAGCCAGCAGUUGAAGAUUCUGCAGAUGCUGCAGAGAUUAUGAGAUUUGCUGACUCUCCUGUGGCGAAAUCAAAAGAUAUACACUGUCCUUCAGCUGAAAAGACUCCUUCAGUCAUAGAUCAUUCUUAUACCCCUGACUUCUCAUUGUCCAAGAGGGAGGAUUCACCUAAGAUGAAAGAUACACCGUCACCCACAGGUGAUGGCUAUAACGAUGACUUUGAGUCUUCCAUUGGGUUGUCAUUUAAGGAGGAUAAUAAUGAAUCAAAGCCUACAUCACCCUCUGCCCCAGAGCCCAAAGAAAAAUCUGUUAAGUCUCCAAUGUACAGCAGUGAAGAGGAAAUUGAAGAAGAACUAAGUGUCCGAUCAGGAAGUACUAAUGGCAGUUUCCAAACUGAAAGUCAUGCAGAUCUCAAUAGCCUUGGUAAAGGCUCCAAAGAAGACAUCAUGAGUCAUUCAAAAUGUUCAACUUCACCACAAUCUCAAAUGCCAGUUUUGCCAGUAAAGGACGAAUUGCCAAGCUUCUGCAUUGGAGACAGGGUUCUAGUUAGUAAUAUACAACCAGGGACACUGAGAUUCAAGGGACAAACUAACUUUGCCAAUGGAUUCUGGGCUGGGGUUGAACUGGACAACCCUGAGGGAAGUAACAAUGGAACUUACGAUGAGGUGGUGUACUUCGAGUGUAGGGAAAAACACGGUAUAUUCGCCCCGCCGGACAAGAUCUCUCGUCUUCCAGAGAAAUUUGAGGCCAGUGCGGACACUGAAGAUGAAGAUUCAUCAUGUGAUGACCAGCCAAAUAGUAAAAACAAAGGUUCUGAAAAGCAGUUAGAGCACAGAAAUCUGCUGAACAAAAUUAAAGGAGAAGAAUCUGACCUAGAUUUGCAUCCUGAGACUAGAGAGCCUUUGGAUGAGCAUGAAAAGCCAUUGGAACUUAACAUCAAACAGAUUUCCACUGGGCAAAGCACCUUUUUUAAAUCUCAGCAUAACCUGGAUUUUAAUGAUAUUGACUGCAAUAUCAUUAAGGACCGUGACAAAGGCCGGCACACAGUGCCUAACGGCAGAGACAGGGACAUCAUUCUCGAAUUCAAGGACACAUCUGUUGAUAAUGUUGUUCCAUUGCUCAAUAAUUUGGAUAAAGGGACAUCUAAAAAACAAAAGCAGGAAGAGGAACCAACAGCAGUCAUUUUGGACCUGUUGGUUGAGGAUAAGAAGUCCAGAGUUGAUGGUCUUCUGAAAUCCACUGAUAUCUCAAUCGAGGAGGCCAGUCUUGAUAAUAGAGAAGACUUGAAUAACAAAAGGGCUUUGACUACCCUAGCAGAUAAACUUGUGGAAAACUUCUUAAGUGAUGCGGUGAAGCAAUUUCAGAAGAUCAAGAAAGACAAAGAGGAGAAGUUGUCAGCUGCUAAUCAGUUGAAAAGAGACUUCAUCAAUGAAGAUGAUGGACUUAGAAGCAACAACUUUAAGUCUCAGAGCAGGUCUUCAUCUAAAACAAAGACAGACAGUUUCCGCACCUUCUUUGAUGAUGAUCAGGAGGAACUUUCAUCUCCGGAGCAUUGCAACAGACCUGAGAGCCCUGUCCUGGGUACGAGUGGACAGGAAGAGCUAGCUAAACGUCUGGCAGAGCUGGAACUGAGCCGUGAGCUCUUCGAUGUCCUUGGUGACGAGCAGGACUGGUUCGAUGAGGACUUUGGUCUCAGCUCACGAAAGCAACAGCAGAAGCAAAAACAUCAACAGCAGCAAGAUGGGAUUUCUAGCUCCUUGAAUUUGGGUGCGGGGGAACAGGUCAAAACACCGCCCAGGCCUGAACUUCCCAUGCAGAUGAAGCAACCAGAGGAACCUGCCAUGAUUGUUCCUCACACUGUCCAGGAGGUGGAGAAACUGGUCAUCGCUGCUACUCAGGAGAUCUGGAAAAGCUGCAAACUGGGUCAUGGUAGACCAAGCCUGACUGGAGUACCCAAACCUCAACCCUCUAAUGUUUUCCUGGAAGGAGACUCCAAAGUCAAUGACCUGGAGGCUCAAUGCCAACAAAGCUACAAACUGGCCGUCUUUGAUUUAUCAUGGGAGGUCAUUCAAGACAUCUAUGCAGAAGAUCCAAAAGUUGAUCAGCCACAAUGGAUGAAGCCACGUCGCCUUAAUUCCACCUACUUCCAUCGGGUGAAAUGCCCCAAUGACAUAACAACAGUCCAGGAAUUUGUCACAACUGAGGUAUUAAAGUUGUGUGGUCUAAAGAAAGAGCAGAACCAGAAAACAGACUGGCAGAAAAUGAUCAAAUUUGGACGGAAAAAGCGAGACAGAGUUGACCACAUUCUGGUCCAGGAGUUGCAUGAGGAGGAAUCCCAGUGGGUUAACUAUGAUGAGGAUGAACUUUUUGUAAAGAUGCAGCUUGCUGAUGGGAUUUUUGAUGCCUUGCUAAAAGACACUGCUGACGUUCUGACCCAAAUCCAAGAGAAAAAGUCCAAAAAAACUCUUUGAUGUUCUCAUCUGUACAGAGAAAUGUUUUAGGUACCUUCUGUUAAACACAAAAUGGAGGAUUUGGCAUAAAAGGACAUUCAGUGAGGAAUUCCCUUUCAGUCUGCUUGUACAGGCCACGGAAAGUUGUGGAUUCAGGAUUCUAGACCUUGUCAGAGGUCUGACUUGUUAUGGAGAUGUUCACAUUCUCAUCCAGGAAGUCUGAUGAACUCGGCUCUUGAUGGUCUGGUGUUAAUUGAAGUAGCUGUUUGGGUCCAGAUUCCCCAUACUGUGUCUGUUCAUCAUUGCUGCUAAAACUGGCUCUGCCAUUCUUAAGUCUUAUGAUUAAAACACAAGGGUCAGAUCAAAUCAGGACAGACCUAAGGACUUAAAGACUUGUUUUUAUUUCCAAUUAGAUUGUAUCAUAAGAAAUACUUUUUUUUUUUUCCUUUAAUACUAUUAAUUUAUUUUUUAAAAAGUAACAUUCGAAUUUGAAAGUAACGUUGGAAAGUGUUUAAAGAAAAGAGAUUAUUUUACCAUUGACAUGAUUAAUUGCAGAACUAAGCACAAUAAGUACAAUUUGAAUGUUGAAAUGGCAAUACAGUGUAAAGGGAUUUGAUGCAAGAUAAUGUUGAAUGAAAAAAUAUGUAAAUGAUAUUUAACUCUGCUUUUUCAAAGCAACAGGAAAUCUUCUCGUAAUGGUUUUGUUUUGGUCCAUACACAACAAUGUUGUAUUGGCAACACCUGCAACAGUUACUGGAUGCCAAAAGAUUGAAUUGAAAUAUAUGAACUGUGCUAAACACGGACAUGCUGGGUUCUAGCCUUAACAUUUGCCUUUUAUCCCAUUCAUUUUAAGUGCCUCCAUUGUUACGUUUGCUCAUGCAUGAGCAACUUUUCCCGGCCUUCCUUUGACCAGUGUCGUAAUGGUCCCUUUUGGCUUUAAUCUUGUCUUAACUUCUUUCUUCAUAGCUGGACAAACCUCUAAUACUGUAAGAUGUACAUUUCUGCCUUACUUUGUGCAUGUACCCAUCAUCAGAACCUUUUUAAAGUACAUUUUUGUGUUAAAAAAAAGAUGAGUGGUAAUGUUACGCUAGCACUGGCACAAGGACACAUUUGUUUACUUUUAAAGAAUGCAUUUUACUCAUUGUGUACCCUUCCAAGGAACUGCUCAAGGGCUCAGCACGUCCAUCUCGUCUGUUAUCCACGAAUACUGUGAUGUACAUAUUUGUUUGUAAAUCAGUCGCCAUUGCAAACCUGGUCUCAUAAGAAACAUAUUAUCAUCUUGUGUGUAUAAUUAGCUGUAACCAGCCUUUCCUCACCUCUCUAAAAGCUGUACUUCCUGAGCCAGUCUGUCCGAUAGUGACCUGCAGCAUCAUUAUGAGGUUAGAUCUAGAGUAUUGUGCCGUGUCAGUGGGUUAAACUUCAUCUAUGCAGCAAUAGAGUCUCUGAUACCCAGCAUCAGUCGCUCAUCCAAUAGCAUGUCUAAUUAUAUAGGUAACGGAGAUCUCUACCUCGUUCUGAUAAUAGGCUACUACUAAUAGUCUUUUUGGCUAAUGCAUUUAAAACUUUUAACUGUGGGCGGGAAAUUAGGAUUCGUGUGGCACAAGUGGUUUGAUAAUCAGUUUCUACUUUUAAAUUGGUAGGUCGUAGAAAUGUUUCACAUCCCGUAAGUGUAUGUGUAUUUAUAAUGAUGUACUGUGAGUGACAGAGGUGCACUUGAAGACUUGUAAAUUGUUUUACCCAUGUAAAUAUCGUCGAUGCCUAUCUCCUGUGAGUGGACUCAUGGAAGAUUGCUGUGAAAAUGGACGCGGUUCCUUUUGCUUCCAUGUACAUAUUAUAGAUAUAUUUGUUAACUGAACUGAUCCUUUGGAAAUUGUAAAUAAAGAUCUCGUCAUUUCUCAGUCAUAACAUUUGCUGUGAAAU